ACUCAGAGCUUUGAGGCCGACGGCUUGACUCAGAGGUUCAAGGCCGAGCAACACAUGGUAAUUAAGAGUACCCCGGCUUUGUUAUUCUCUCAAUAGCCAGAGCCAUCCUCCUCUCUUCUCUUCACAGCAAGGUGCCAACACAAGCAUGCUUCAUCUCCCUUGACUCCAUCAAGAAUUCAACUAGUGCCGAUUGUCAAGCCUAUCAUGUCUUCCUCCCGUGAGUGUUAGCCUCCCGCGUCUGCCUCCUUCGAGUUUAUCCCAUUGCAUGUUCCCCAAGAGACCGUGUAGCACAGCUACUAGCUUAGUUGUGCAAUGUCUGGAGAUGCAGGACCAACCGGUACAUCCAACCCUGUGGUAGUAGCCACGCUAGCGGAAGCCGGCCGAGAAAUAAUAGGAACAAUCGGGACAUCCAACCCAGUGACCACGCCAACACUAGCAAGCGAAAAAAUAACAGAUGUCGCAACAACAGGGACAUCCAACCCUAUGGUAGUAGUCACCCAAGCGCAAGCCGGUGGAGAAAUAAUAGAUGCAGGAACAAUUGGGUCAUCCAACCGAGUGACCACGCCAACGGAAGCAGGCGAAGAAAUAAUAGAUGCAGGAACAAUUGGGUCAUCCAACCGAGUGACCACGCCAACGGAAGCAGGCGAAGAAAUAAUAGAUACUGGAACAGCUGGGACUUCCAGCAACUCGAGCGAACAUGUGGUGAUCUCCAUGGCACGUCCGCCAUUCCGUGCGGUGAACCAAGACCUGUUCACACCCUUGAGCGUGUCGAUCGGCCCUUAUCAUCGUGCUACUUGUUCAGAAAGAUGGAAGCAAGAGAAGCAGCGCGUGGCCAAAGCGACCCUAAAGUCUCUCGAGCAUCAGCUCAGGCAGCAGCUUUGGAAGCUUGUGGGGGAUGUGAAGGCGCUCUACGUGGGUUUGCCCAACAUGGAAUUGGAUGAUUUCGUCACUAUGCUGCUGGAGGAUGGGUGCUACGUGCUCACUACAUUUGCAAAAUACCAUGAAUUUCCGGUUGUCAUUCAGCCCAGAGGUGAGCGGAACACGGUGGUGCGCGAUAUCAUGUACCUCCUUGAGAACCAGUUGCCUAUGAUAGUCCUUGAAGAGAUCCAUCGGUGCCUGACGCCUGGGAGGUCCGUCGUCGAGGACGUUGGAGUGCGUGUUCGGGAGCUGCUGAAGGAACAGCUCUACAUCAGAGGAGAAAAAAGGCCGCUGACCGUGCCGGCGGCGCCUUGUCACCUCCUACAACUGGUGCACAGCUACUUCCAGCCAUCCAUUUCCGUAAAUUCUGGUGAACAAUCGGAACCUCCUCAGUUGGAGAGAAGAAGUGCAACUGGAAGCGACGUUCAGGAGGGAACUCAAGACAGGGAUAAUACGCGCCGUCGCGUGGGUCGGUGGCAGCGGGUGCAGGCGGCACCUUGUCAGCUCCUGCAACUGGUGCGCACGUAUUUCCAGCCAUCCAUUUCCGUAAAUUCUGGUGAACAAUCGGAACCUCCUCAGUUGGAGAGAAGAAGUGCAACUGGAAGCGACGUUCAGGAGGGAACUCAAGACAGGGAGGAUAAUACGCGCCGUCGCGUGGGUCGGUGGCUCCGGGCGACGGAGUACAGCAGGCACGGCAACGUGCAGCUCAAGCCUCGGGAGUUCAAGGAUGGUGUGGAAUCCAUUCUUGACGUGCGUCUUGAAGGAAGCACGCUGUGGAUCCCUCACCUGCGGAUUGAUAGCAGCACUUGGACGAUCCUACGCAAUCUGAUGGCGUUAGAGGAGCAGACAGCUGGCACUGUCGGGAGCCCCGUCACGGCCUACUGCCUGUUCAUGUCGCAGCUGGCGUCUAAGGCGGAGGACAUUGAGCUCCUGAGGCGCAAAGGGAUCGUCGAACACUUCUGGGGCAACGACGAGGAGGUAGCACAAGGCUUCGCCGACCUCUGGAAGAAAGUGGUCUUGGACGACGUCGACAAUGUCGACAGUAACUACCUACGCGACACAUGGUACCUGCUGCAUGACCGUUGCGAGAGCGUGGGGCACAACUGCUGGGGAUCAUUCCGCCACAUCUACUGCGGCGACUCCAUGCGCUUCCUUGCAUUCGUCACCGCAGGCUUACUGUUUGCUCUUCAGCUCAUUCAAGUCAUCCUUGCCGGUUUCUCCUUGCGACAACAACAAGGCAAGUAAGCAGCCGCGCCAGCAUAAUGCUAGCUACUAUAAUAAGGGUAAUUUGCACUGCCAGGUUUUUUUGUCCCUAGACUAGAUCAGUCUAAGUGCGGAUCUCAGUGGGUUUUUCCUGGCGCUUUUAGGAUUUGCUUUUUUCGUUUGAAUGUUCAAACUGGAUUGCGAUGGCCUGUCGUUUCCCUGUUUUCGAUCAGUUGUAAGCAUAAUCUUGUGCGUGGUUGCUUGUUUAUUUCCA